AUGAAGGCUAUAGCAAAUUGUGACAUAGCCAAGGAUGCAUGGGAUAAGCUACAAACUAAAAAUGAAGGAACAAAAAAUGUCAAAAAAUCUAGAUUGAGAUCUCUCACUACGGAAUUUGAAAAUUUAGCUAUGAGAGAUGAUGAGUCUGUCACUGAAUUUCAUGCUAGAUUAUGUGAUAUUACUAAUGAAUCUUUUGCUCUAGGUGAAACUUAUGCGGACUCCAAGCUUGUAAGAAUGGUGCUCGGAGCUCUCCCUAGAAAGUUCAAGUCAAAAGUUACUUCCAUUGAGGAAUGCCAUGAUGUUGAUACCCUUGAUUUGGAUGAGCUGAUUGGAUCUCUGCAGAACUAUGAACUCACCAUGAAAAGGUGGUCCAAAGAAAAGAAAGAAAAAAGGGUUUCUAGUGGAGUUGCUUUAUCUCACAAAGUUACCGAAAAUCUUUUUGUGGGAGAUUCUCUUGAGAAUUUAGAUGAGGAGAAGGUUGCACUGCUCGCAAAAAACUAUGCUAAGUUUUUGAGGAACAAUAUGAAAAAAGGCAGCAAUGAUUUCAAAGGAGAAAACUCAAGAAAACCACCUAAUUUUCCUCGAAAGACUACUCAUAUGGGAGAAAAAGAGAAAUCCAAAGGUGAAGAGGAUCAAAAAGCUGCAGAAGAGGAUAGUUCAGAUUUGGAAGAAAACUUUGUUGCUUUCACUGUUAAGACAUCAGAAACACCAUGUUCAGACACUGACUCAGAUGGAGUGUGUAGUGAUGAGGAUGACUUGGACCAGCAAACUGCCUAUGAACAAAUGUACAAUCAAUGGGUUAGCGUGAUAAAGAAAGCUAAAAGUCUGGAGAUUAAAGUGGGAGAACUUGAAGAAGAAAGGAGAAACUUGUUAGGAAAAGUUGAUUUUCUUACUUUGGACAUUGAAGAGAAGAGGGUUGCUCUAGAAGAAAUGCAAGAAAAGCUAGACUAUGCUAAUAAAACCAUUGAGACAUACACUGUUGGUCAAGAUUUAUUUGACAACAUGAUGGGAAUUGGUCAGUUUGCUAGAGAGAAACAUGGAGUUGGUUUCAAUCAACCAUUGGCUAUCAAAAAGAAAGAUAUCCCAAGUUCAUCUCAAAAAGUGCCUCCCAUUAGCCCUUCAUUUGUUGCUACUUCUAAAAAUUCUCCAGCCACAACAAAAUUUAUUCCUAUAUGCCAUUUCUGUGGAAAAAAGCGUCAUAUUUGUCCAAGAUAUAAGGCUCAAGUCUCUCUUGUUGGAAGAAAACAGUGGAGACCGAAAAAUGCUCAUACUAAGGCUCUUGUGGUUCAUACUUCUCUACUGGCUUGUAACAGUGACCAGUGGUACUUUGACAACGGGUGUUCUCGCCACAUGACCGGAAACAAGCAUCUUCUCACUAAUAUUUUGUCUUAUGUUGAGGGAUAUGUCACCUUUGGUGAUGGGAGCAAAGGUCGAAUCAUGGGAAGAGGGAAGUUGCAUCUACAUGGUUUACCUCCUCUGGAAAAUGUACUCUAUGUUGAAGGUUUGAAGGCUAACUUGAUAAGUGUUAGUCAAAUUUGUGACGAAGGGUGCAUGGUUCUUUUCUCCAAGACUGACUGUACUGUUGUUUCAACAUCUGGAAUCCAUGUCUUAACAAGGAUUAGAUCUAAUGACAAGUGUUAUCUCUUGAGAACCAACUUAGUGUGCAAUGAGGCAAAGACGGAUGAAACUGAACAGUGGCACUACAAGUUUGGUCAUCUGAAUUAUAGAGAUCUCGAAAGUCUAAGUGGCAAAAGAUAUGUUAUGGUGUGCGUGGAUGAUUACACUAGAUUCUCUUGGGUUAGAUUUCUUAGAGAAAAAUUUGACUCUUUUGAAAAUUUCAAGGGACUGUGCCUCUCUUUGCAAGCUGAAAAGGGUGAAAAGGUUAAGAAAGUGAUUCGUCUUAGAAGUGACCAUGGCAAGGAAUUUGAGAACAACAUCUUUGCUGAUUUUGGAAACCAAGAAGGGAUAGCUCAUGAGUUCUCAGCGCCGAAAACUCCUCAGCAGAAUGGGGUUGUGGAAAGGAAAAAUCGGACUCUUCAAGAGAUGGCUCGGGUUAUGUUAAAUGCCAAGAAAUUAUCCAAGAGACUUUGGGCUGAAGCGGUGAAUACAACUUGUUACAUUAGCAAUAGAGUGCAUCUUCGUCCUGGUACUAAACAAACCUCUUAUGAGUUGUGGAAAGGCAGAACACCAAAUUUGGCUUAUCUUCAUGUGUUUGGUUGCAAGUGCUUCAUUCUCAAUGAUAGAGAAAAUCUUGGUAAGUUUGAUACCAAGAGUGAUGAAGGAGUGUUUUUGGGGUACUCUACAAACAGUCGUGCCUACAGAAUAUACAACAUGAGAACCCAAGCUGUCAUGGAAUCCAUCAAUGUUGUGUUUAGUGACUUAGAAGACUUUUCUAGUUACUCAAAAGAAGAAGAAAUCCACACUCUUGUUGACACAUCCAUUCUGCCUGUUGCAUCACGAACUACAGAUGAACCAAGUGGAUCUAAAAUUGAGGCGAAUGAUGCUACCAUUGAAACUUCUGAGGCUUUUGAUGUGUCUUCCAUUCCAGAAAAUAUUGCUUCCUUUGAUUUAAAAAUUCAUCAGAAGAAGGGACCACCCACAUGGAUACCCAAAGUUCAUCCUCUAUCAUCCAUUGUAGGCAAUCCAAAUGAGCCUAAAUCAGUUAAGGACGCCCUUAAAGAUGAGAACUGGAUAUCUUCCAUGCAAGAUGAACUUCAUCAAUUUGAGAGAAUGAAAAAUAAGACUGAUGAAGUGAGAAAUGUGGUGCGCAACAAGGCUAGUUUAGUUGUUCAAGGGUAUACUCAGAUUGAGGGAGUAGACUUUGAGGAAACAUUUGCUCCGGUGGCUAGAUUGGAAUCCGUAAGACUCUUGUUGGUUGUGGCGUGUUACAUGAAGUUCAAGUUGUAUCAAAUGGAUGUCAAGAGUGCUUUCUUGAAUGGCAUCCUUGUGGAAGAGGCUUAUGUGUCGCAACCUCCUAGAUUUGAGGAUCCUCAUCAUGGAGAUCAUGUCUACAAACUGAAUAAGGCAUUGUAUGGGCUUAAGCAAGCCCCUCGGGCAUGGUAUGAUCGUCUUACAUCUUACUUGCUUGAUAAUGGGUAUACUAGAGAUGACAUAGUUUUUGGAUCCACUUGUGAGGCACACACUCACUACUUUGUUCAACUAAUGACAAAGGAAUUUGAAAUGAGCAUGGUUGGUGAACUAAGUUACAUUCUUGGUUUACAAAUCAAACAACUAGAUAAUGGCAUUUUAUUGUCUCAAUCUAAAUAUGCCAAAAAUAUGCUAAAAACGUUUGGUUUAGAAAAUGCAAAACAUGCUCGCACUCCUAUGGGCACCACUGCCAAAUUAAUCAAAGACAAAACAGGUAAAAAAGUUGAUGCAACACUGUAUAGAAGUAUGAUAGGCAGUUUACUCUACAUUACUGCUAGUUGUCCUGAUAUUUGUUUCAGUGUUGGGGUUUGUGCUAGAUAUUAA